GCUUCCCAGAGUGCUUGGAAUUACUUGUGUGCACCACCAUACCCAGCCCAACUUAACUUCCUACAGGGAUCUUUCAUAUUGUACUCUAAGAAAACUAUCAUCUUAGAUUUUUAUCACCUUCUAAAAGGAUGGUAAAAUCUAAAGAAAGAAACAUUUCCCAAAGAUGAUAUUGCAUCCAUAGUUAACAAAAUGAAGAACACUGGUCUUGUUGUUUGUGAUGUUUGGUAAUAUUUAAUGUUCUUUCAAUCACUCAACAAAUAUUUUUUAGACACUACAGUGAGAUAGGUUGAGGGGAUUAAAGGUAAUGUUAUGACUCUUUGUGAACUCACAGUCAUGUGGAAAAGAACUGGAUUAAAAACAUAAGAAAGAAUUAUAUAAGCUUUCUUAAUGAUACGAUACUACUUUCAAGAUCUAAGAAGAUUGUUUUUCUGGUGCCCACUGGAUAUUUCUUUUCUCACCUGGAAGGCUCAUUCAUCAUAUUAGAAUUGGGAAUAUGCCUUUUAUUUCUAGCCAUGGCAGAGAAUUCUUUUGACUCAGUACGGUUUGCUGUGUUACAUGUCCAUGCUCUAGAAACUGAACUCUGGAUUGUGUUUGGCAAAUAUUUUUUACUUUAUUAACUAUCGUUUCAUACCACAACAAUUUGUUUUUCAGGGUAUAUUUUUAGAAUGUAUGGCUUAUAAAUUACUAGCCUUGUUGCUAUACAAUAGCUGACUUUGAAGAAUUUGUUUGAUAUAGUUGGAUAAAUGUAAAAUUCAGAAAGUACUAUUAUCUAACAUUAAAACAUUUUCUUACUGCUUUUAUGAGCACCACAGUGAGGGGUUAACCCUAACCCUGAGUGUCAGACCUGAGGUGUGCGCACCCUCUGUGGGGCCUUUCCUGCAGUCGAGUCAGAGAGCUCAUUUUCAAUCUGUGCUGGGAAGAAGGGGCCAAAGACCCUUGUGGGUGGGGUGGGGGCGGAAUGUAGGCCCCUGCACAUGCGCAGGCUGCAGUCUGCGUCUGCUUUUUCACACUCCUUUCUCAAGGGCCAACCUGAUCUUUGUCAGCUCCUCAAGCUCAUGUCUCUUACUAUUUUCUUUUACUUUCUAAUUAAAGCUUUUUUUUUCUAUAAAAAUAUGGUAUUUAUAGUCCCAGCUUUGCCCUUCACCAGAAAAAUGACUGCAAAUUAAGUGAUUUAUUUUCCAGGUUUUAGUUUGUUCAUCUGUAACCUGAUGGCAUGGACUUGCAUGUCAGCUGGCAUAUUCAGUUUCUCUCCCAUGUAUGUUGAUGCAUGCCACUUCUCCCAGCUUUAUCCAUAAAAGGGUGGAACCCCUGUGAAUCAUACUGCUGAAGGCAGAACACUGGUGCCAGACUAUUUAUUUGAGGGUAGAAGAUGCUGUUAUUUACAGCAUAGUGAACCAAAGGACAUCACUGAGGAAGAGUGCGUGUUUACAGAGACACAAACCAGGAGAAAGACAGGAUGAACACCGCUGGAAAAGUUAUUAAGUGCAAAGCAGCUGUGUUGUGGGAAACAAAUAAACCUUUCUCCAUCGAAGAGAUAGAAGUUGCCCCACCGAAGGCUAAAGAAGUUCGCAUUAAGAUUUUGGCCACAGGAAUCUGUCGCACAGAUGACCAUGUAAUAAAAGGAACAAUGGUGUCUAGGUUUCCAGUCAUUCUGGGACACGAAGCAGCUGGAGUUGUAGAGAGCAUUGGAGAAAGAGUCACUACGGUGAAGCCAGGCGACAAAGUCAUCCCUCUCUUUCUGCCACAGUGCAGAGAAUGCAAUGCUUGCUGUAACCCAGAGGGCAAUUUUUGUAUUAAGAGCGAUAUUGCUGGUCAUGGGUUACUGUCCGAUGGCACUACCAGGUUUACAUGCAAGGGAAAACCAGUCUAUCACUUCAUGAACACCAGCACAUUUACUGAGUUCACAGUGGUGGAAGAGUCUUCUGUUGCUAAGGUGGAUGAUGCAGCUCCUCCUGAGAAAGUCUGUUUGAUUGGUUGUGGAUUUUCUACUGGAUAUGGGGCUGCUGUUAAAACAGGCAAGGUCACCCCUGGUUCCACUUGUGCUGUCUUCGGCCUGGGAGGAGUCGGCCUAUCGGUUAUCAUGGGCUGCAAGUCAGCAGGGGCCUCCAGGAUCAUUGGGAUCGACCUCAACAAAGCCAAGUUUGAGAAGGCCCUGGCCGUGGGAGCCACGGAGUGCAUCAGCCCAGAGGAUUACAUCAAGCCCAUCAGUGAGGUGCUGUCCGAAAUGACAGGCAACAAUGUGGGCUACACUUUUGAAGUUAUUGGGCGCCUUGAAACCAUGGUUGAUGCCCUUGCAUCCUGCCACAUGAACUAUGGGACUAGUGUGGUGGUGGGUGCUCCUCCGUCAGCCAAGGUGCUCAGCUAUGACCCCAUGCUGCUCUUCACUGGACGCACGUGGAAAGGGUGUAUCUUUGGAGGUUGGAAAAGCAGAGACGAUGUACCCAAACUAGUGACUGAUUUCCUGGCAAAGAAAUUUGACCUGGACCAGUUGAUAACACAUGUUUUACCUUUUAACAAAAUCAGUGAAGGAUUUGAACUGCUGUAUUCAGGACAAAGCAUUCGAACUGUCUUGACCUUUUGAGAUCCUGUGGGAGGAGCUCUGUGCUGUGUGAGGAUGAGGACCUUUCCUUUUGUGGUUCCCACCUCGGAAAGUGCAGCUCUAUGUCAAACAUGAGCAAGGCAGAAGACCUGGUGCAGACUGAGACGCUUUGUAAAGGUUUAUGAGUCUUAAUAAAAAUUUGCCAUCUUAUAAACACCGAGAGUUAGCAUGGGAUUAAAUAAUACUAUUAAAAUUUUGAAUUUAUACUUUUGAAGAUUGUAAUUAUAUAUCUUUCUUAAAAAAUUUAUUUUAAAAAUAAAAGAAGGAAAACAUAUUAACAAACAGACAUCCAUUUACAA